AUGGUAAGCUACUUUGCUUUAGCAGGUCUAGCAAUAGUCCUAUACAUUUUGUAUGUAUUUAUUAUCAAUCCUUACUUGUAGUACAGAAAAUACUUGAAGUGGGGUAAAGGUUCUUUCUACCCUUUCGUUGGUGUUUUCUAUGGUGCUGGCUUACGUGUUAAGCAAUACAAAGAUGUUGAUCAUCACUUGAAGCAUAUGUAUGAUGACGGAUCAGACCCUAAAAUUUAUGUUGAAAACAAUGCCACAGGUGCCAUCAUCAAGAUUUCUGACCCUGAAUAUAUUAAGGAGUUUGUCUAACUUGAAAACAAGGCUUAUCAAAAGACUACUCUCUUAAUUGACAAUAUCAUCAGACUCGUAGGUUAGGGAAUCAUCUUCUCUGAAGGCCCCCAAUGGAAGAAAAACAGAAAUGUACUUUCUGGUGUCUUCCACUUCGAACAACUCAGCAAACGUGUCCCAUCAAUAGAAAAAAUUACUAAGGAAGUUUAUAAGCGUUAUAUUGAUUCAGGCAAUGUUAAAAACGUUGAUGUCAUCGAAUUAUUUUAAGAAAUCACUGCUGAAGUCGUUAUCUAAACCUUCUUCAGUAAUAUUUCAAAAGAUAAAUCCUUCUAUGGCAUGAGUUUGUCUGUAGCUCUUUCAUACCUCAUCAACUCUGUUGGUAAGUAAAUUAGCACUCCCUUUUACUUCUUAUUCCGUACCAAUUUCUUCAAAUGGGGCAUCAGAGAAUCUGACAGAAAGUUGAACAAGUAGAUAAAAGAAUUCCGUCAAAUGAUUGGUGACAUCAUCAACGAGCGUAUCAAAGAAGAAGAAGAGUUAGAAAAGCGUGGUGAAUAAACUACCAAGGAAGAUCUUGUUUAUUAUCUUAAAAAGAAUAACCUCCUUGGAGUCCUCUCCCUCGAUGAAAUUAUUAGUGAAUUCAUGACUUUCUACGUUGCUGGUAUGGAUACAACUGGUCAUCUUUGCGGUAUGGCCAUAUGGUUCCUUACUUAACACCCCGAAAUUAAAAAGAAACUCUAAGAAGAACUUGAUGCUAACACUGACUACUCUCAAAAUGGUCUCCUUAAGCUUCCUUACCUUAAUGGAGUUAUCUAAGAAACUCAACGUCUCUAUGGACCCGCUGGUUAAUUAUUCAAUCGUGUCGCUCUUAGAGACCACAUGCUUAAGGACAUUCCUAUCAAGAAGGGAACUAUUGUUAAGCCCUCUCCCUGCUCUGUUCACAGACAUCCUAAAUAUUUCGAAGACCCUCAUUCCUUCAAGCCUGAAAGAUGGUUUAACAAAAAUACUGUCACUCCUUACACUUUUAUCCCCUUCAAUGCUGGUCCCAGAAACUGCAUUGGCUAACAUCUUGCCUUAAUAGAAGCUAGAAUUAUGAUUAAUUAUUUCAUGAAGACUUUUGAUUUUGAAAGCGAUCCUAACUUUGAAAUGGUUCUCAACUAUGCUUUCUUAAUAGAACCAGUUGAUAAACUCAGAAUUAAUCUUAAGCUCAAAGAAAAUCCUUUGAUCUACCAAUGA